UGCAUGCUCCGUGCGAGCCCCGGUGGGGGAGGGAGAAUAAAGCUGCUGUUGCCGGUUCAGUGUGCGUCGGGCUGCAGAAUUACGUCCAUGUUUUUCUCCAGCUCAUCCCAUCCUCCCAUGACACAGGGAAGAGAAAUGGCUGCAGUGGAGCCAGCUCAGGGGCCGGUAACCUUCGAGGAGGUGGCUGUGUAUUUCACCAGUGAAGAGUGGGCUCUGCUGGACCCCACUCAGAGAGCCCUCUACUGGGAUGUCAUGCAGGAGAACUAUGAGAAUGUGACCUCACUGGGGUUUCCAGUUUCCAAACCUCACAUAAACUCCCAGCUCGAACAAGGGGAAGAGCCAUGGGUUCCAGACCUCCAGCGUUCAGAGGAAAGAGAGAUCUUGAGCUUUUCCUGCACAGCAGGUUAUGCAAUGGUAUGUGAGAAAGAGGAGCAGAAUUCUCACCAGGAAAAUGUUGAGCAAGUGGCUAAACACAGAGAAUUAUUGCAAAGAUCGAAAAGAGAUGUGUCCAGGAGUCUUGAGCAGGGAAAAUCCUGUGAGAUUCAGCACAGACCAGAAAGAGAGCAAGGAAACCAUCCAGGGGAGAAAAUGGGUAAAUUUAUUUCCUGUCGGGGAACUCAGAAGCGUGUCAAGGAAACCACAACACAGCAGGAAAUCCUCAUGGGAAAGAGGGAAAAUACAUGCAGUGAGUGUGGAAAAACCUUCACUUCCAGCUUAGCCCUUUCUGUUCAUCAGAGAAUCCACAUAGGGCAGAGGCCUUAUGAAUGUCAUGAAUGUGGGAAAAGCUUUAUUACCAACUCAGGCCUUUCUGAGCAUGAGAGAAUCCACAAAGGGGAGAGGCCCUAUGAAUGCUGUGAGUGUGGGAAAAGCUUUAUUACCAACUCAGGCCUUUCUCAACAUCAGAGAAUCCACACAGGGGAGAGGCCCUAUGAAUGUCAUGAAUGUGGGAAAAGCUUCACUCGCAGCACAGGCCUUUCUCAACAUCAGAGAAUCCACACAGGGGAGAGGCCCUAUGAAUGCUGUGAGUGUGGGAAAAGCUUUAUUACCAGCUCAGCCCUUUCUCAACACGAGAGAAUCCACACAGGGGAGAGGCCGUAUGAAUGCUGUGAGUGUGAGAAAAGCUUUAUUACCAGCUCAGACCUUUAUAAACAUCAGAGAAUCCACACAGGGGAGAAGCCCUAUGAAUGCCGUGAGUGUGGGAAAGGCUUCACUCUCCGCUCAGGCCUUUCUAAACAUCAGAGAAUCCACACAGGGGAGAGGCCCUUUCAUUGUGGUGAGUGUGGGAAAACAUUCACUGACAGAUCAGUCCUUUCUAAACAUCAGAGAAUCCACACAGGGGAGAGGCCCUAUGAAUGCUGUGAGUGUGAGAAAAGCUUUAUUACCAGCUCAGACCUUCAUAAACAUCAGAGAAUCCACACAGGGGAGAGGCCCUUUGAAUGCUGUGAAUGUGGGAAAACCUUCACUGACAGAUCAGUCCUUUCUAAACAUCAGACAAUUCACACAGGGGAGAGGUGCUAUAAAUGCAGUGAGUGUGGGAAAAGCUUCACUCAGAACUGUCACCUUACUAGGCAUCAGAGAAUCCACACACAGGAGAGGCCCUAUGAAUGUCAUGAGUGUGGGAAAAGCUUCUCUCGCAGCUGUCACCUUACUGGGCAUCAAAGAAUCCACACAGGAGAGAGGUGCUGUGUAUGCAGUGAGUGUGGGAAAAGCUUCACUCACAGGUCUCAACUUACUAGGCAUCAGAGACUCCACACAGGAGAGAGACCCUAUGAAUGCUGUGAGUGUGGGAAAAGCUUUAUUACCAACUCAGGCCUUUCUCAACAUCAGAGAAUCCACACAGGGGAGAGGCCUUAUGAAUGCUGUGAGUGUGAGAAAAGCUUUAUUACAAGCUCAGACCUUUCUAAACAUCAGAGAAUUCACACAGGGGAGAGGCCCUAUAAAUGCAGUGAAUGUGGGAAAAGCUUCACUCACAGCUCUCAACUUACUGGGCAUCAGAGAAUCCACACAGGGGAGAGGCCCUAUGUAUGCAUUGAGUGUGGGAAAAGCUUUAUUACCAGCUCAUACCUUUCUCAACAUCAGAGAAUCCACACAGGGGAGAGGCCCUAUGAAUGCCGUGAGUGUGGGAAAAGCUUCACUCGGAGCUCAGGCCUUUGUCACCAUCAGAGAAUCCACAGAGGGGAGAGGCCCUUUGAAUGCAGUGAGUGUGGGAAAACCUUCAUUCACCGCCAGCAGCUUAUUAGUCAUCAGAGAAUCCACACAGGUAUGAGACCCAAUGGAAGCAGUGAGUGUGAGAAAAGCUUGUCUUGCCACUGAGCCCA